GCGUUAUCACGCUUUUAAACCAUUCGCGCCCACAUUAGGCAGCAGUACGGACCAAAGUGUUAAGUGUGUGUUUUGUGACAGGUAACACCUUCCGCCCAGCAGUGGUCAACACAGCGUGUAGAAAGUAAAAGAAAAAUGAAACAGUUGAAAAUCAGCAGCUUUUUGGCGGUGUGCCUGUUCUUUGGCGCUCUAUUCGCACAAUCUGUGUCCGCCCUUCGAUGCUACCAAUGUGCCAGCCCUUCGAGCUGGAGCGACUGCCAGGCCGGUGCACAGUCGGUGGAAUGUACCAGCGCCAGCCAGAUGUCCAUCAUGGGUCACAGCCUGUUCCUCCCGGCCGAGUCACGCCAGCAGCUGGAACCGGCCUGCGUUUCGGUGUACGCCAAGGGUACGGUCGGUGGCGCUACCGGCUAUGCCUACGUUCGGGACUGUCUGUUCAACGAUAAGUCCAUGUGUAGCUUAAUACAGAGCGCACUGCCGUCGGAAAUCCGUAUCGUCGAUUGUGAUCUUUGCACCACGGAACUGUGCAAUGGGGCAAGCAGCGUCACGGCGGUGACGCUGUCGAGUGUCGUGAUGGUGGCCAUCGCGUUGGUGCUGUGGCAGUGAGCUUAACAUAAUACACCGCCCGGAGGGGUGAAGAAGGCUACAAGCGAGUGAAUAAAAUCGUUGCUAUUAAUUUAUUGUAAAGGAA